GAUCACAAAAUAUCGAUCUCCGAAGAAAAAUGGCGGAAUUAUGACUACAGACUGAAUGUCGGGCAUAUCGUAUAGGAGAGUAAAUAUGAUGUUUACAGAUCAAAAAGUGACAUUGAACGCGAACAUACUUAGCGUUCACAAACAUUAUGUGACAUUAACAUAUAUCAAGGACAUUUGAUAGACUCAGACAAAGUUAAGUGCAUAGUUCCAAACAUUUAUUUGGUUUUAUGUAUAGAACAGUUCUCUAAAAAUAUCGUUCGAAUUAAGAAAAGGAGAUUCGCAAAUUGCCGUGGUUGAAUAUCUGAACAGGUUCAUCAAUUAGUGAAGUGCCGAUACGGGUGGUGAUGUAUAUACUGUGAAUGGAAUAUUGAUGCCCGCUCCUCGGAGACUAUUCACGCGGUUAAAGCUAGUCGUCACACUAUCACAGGGUACUUCACAACAUGACAGUUUGAGCAUAGACUUGGGAGGUUACCUGGUCACGAAAAAUCGUUGUACGAGCUUGCUCUAUUGUAAAACAUGUGAACGAAUAACUAUGAGAUUAUAGAUUUUUCUUUUGUUGUUUAGAAACAGUUAUUAUAGUACAUGUAGCUAGAAUCAACGCCGGGUCAUGUUAUAGAUGAUCAGAUGAUAGUGAAACAUGUUUUCAUUCGGGCGAAUAACUAGCAAGGACUACAAAACAUAAUCCAGGACCGUUCCGGUUAGCUGGAAACACACCAAACCGGAAGUCGUAAAAAUGGCGGAGAACGACCAGCUGUUCGCGCUUCUGGAGAUCAUGCUCCGGACGUUCGCGGGCGUCUCUGUUCCUCGCAUGAAGCCCGGGGGUCACUCAGAUGAAAUAUUCGUGGAUCUCACGGAUGAUAAAAGAGAAAAUUUGGAGUGCAGUAUCUGCUACCAGAUCCUGAAGGAUGUCCGGCAGUGCGAGAAUAAGCACAAAUUCUGUUACUCGUGCAUCUUCGUCUGGUCCACUUCCGGUAACCCUACCAACCACAGUAGGUGCCCGGUGUGUCGCGUGGAGGGCCUUUACGUCAAGAACGAGCGGCUCAAUAAUGAGAUAUUGGACCUGCCGGUUAAAUGCCACAUGCUCACUUGCCGAUGGAAGGGCCAGCUCAGAGAAUACGAGGAUCAUGUCCACACCACGUACGGCGAGACAGCGAACAAAGGGAAAUUAAAUUCUCAUAGGGAACUACCCGUCGUCAACAGCGGACCAGAAAUAGCUGCGAAUCCGCCUUCAACGAGCAGGCUACGAGCUCGAUCAAGCAGCAAUGCGUCAAGCUCGACCAUCGCAAGCAACAAUGACACCGCUGACACGUCGGUGGGUCCACGGCGCUCGACGCGCCCGCCACUUACUGCUGUGACAAACAAUGGACAUCACAACCGCUCAAACACGGUUAGCCAGCGGUCCCCAGCGACUGCACAAGGCGUUAUCAAAACGUCGAGAUCGCGAUCGCGCAGCCGUGUUGGAAAUACUUCUCCACAACGACGAACGAGUACCACAAGCACUGGCCUACCGAGCAACGGGCGGCUUACGUCUCGUGCCCGUAUUCGUAACGGUGGCUUACAAAAUGCAAAUUCGCAGAACACAAUCAGACACAAUCAUUAUACCUCUACUCAGGAAACGUCAAACGAGCAUAACAAUUCUACUGUCCAGACAACUACAGAGGAAAUCCACACACCACGUCCACCGACUACCCCUAGACCGGCACCCGCUUCUCAGACAUCAGGACGAAGAUUGCCGACGUUGCCCAGUAUUGUAAGUGCUGAUAUGGCGCGACAAAACGUUUUGGAAUCACCUCGUGAUAGAAACUUAGACAAUAAUAAUAACAAUAACGUUAGCCAAUCCAUGUACAGUUCAGAUUAUGCAACACGGGAAGCAGAACGGCGACAUGUAGCUGAACGCCGCCACUACGUCCCCGACCCUGUCGGCCGCAACCUUCAGACGCGCUCGUUCGGAACAAUUCGCGAGCGGCUGAACGAAAGUCGGCAACGACUUGACAUGCUGAUGAGCACUUUCUCUUCGGAAAUCGACAGGGGUCGUCAGAACUUGUCCGCUUUCCAACAGGAGCGGGAGGUCCGAAGGCAGGAGCAGAUGUCGGAAGUCAGGGACCUCGGACGCCGCCUCACACAUGUCGCCAGCGAGCUUCGCGGGCUGCUCAACCAGCGGCGCCAAAUCCGCCAACAAAUAGACACCAUGACGGACGCCGCGUCCGAGGACACAGACUAGGCUUCUCGAUCCGACACUAGAUAGACCCAACGACGGACGCUGCGUCUAGAUAGGGAUUUGUCAAUCUUUAGGAUAAAAAACUUGGUACUUAAAACUUCUGAUCAAUGCAUUUUAAUUACAAGUAUUGAAUAUGCCUUUACGAGUUCAAAUAGAUGUAUAAUACCACAGCAAAGCAUGAUUAAUUUAAAUAGUGCUGAAGUGCCAAAACUGUGAUAGAAGCAACCUGUGAUUUCAACAGUGUAGUCGCAACUGUCGUAGGUAGAGAACUUCAUGAAAGUAAAGGACAUAUGUUUAACACUUUCGGUAGUUUUAAUAUCAGUGGUGUACGAUGGCAUCCUACGACUUAAUGAGUUGUGGCCACUCUUACAAUUUCGUUCCAACGACUAUGAAUGUGGUUGCAACGACUUACUUUAUCGUUUUCAAUACAUUCGAAACCCGUUGGCUCGAACUCGCUUGGCUCGAUUUUCUCGAUGGCUCGAAGUUAAAGUUAAGGACAGGUUCCUUUAUGCUGAACGUAAGCAUUCCUGCUUGGCUCGAAUUUUCCGAGACUCGAUGUAUUUUCGCCGGUCCAUUGGAGUUCGAGCCAACGGGGUUUGACUGUACUAAAUUAUCUUAAAGCAACGACUUUCUCUGUUGUAGCCACGACUUAGAUAUAAGUCGUGGCCACGCGCAAAAAGAAAAUCGCGCAUGCCAUCUCUAUACCAUCGUAGUUAUUUGCCAGUUUGGUUUUAUUUAUUUGUUCGUGCUAUUCACGUAUUUUAUAUGAUCCAUGGAUGACCACCAUAUUUUGUUGAAUUAUUCAAAAUACUUCAACCAGGAUAUCUUUUGUUAUUUGAUUGAGUUAUCAUUUCUAUUUAUCAGAUUGAAAAUAACUUACGAUUGUUAUAGAGUUAUACAUAUUCUGUGAGUUUGCAUUUAGCAAUUAAAACUGUUUUUUUUUUACUUUAUGCCAGUCACCAUGUUUAUUUUCAAUACAUUAUCUAACAUAGUACUAAAGUUGCGAAACCAUUACGUAUGUAUUGCACCUGUAUGGUUGUGUUUGCUGUUACAUGGUAGUUGUAUUGCCUAGAUACUGUUUACACAUUGCUUUUGCAGUUGAAAAUAAAUUUGUGAACAUAAGACAA